CCUUCACAGAUGACCCAACUGGUGGCCAGCCGGAAUCAAACUAUGGUGACUGAGUUCCUGUUCUCCGUGUUCCCAUCUCUGUAUGAAGGUGGCCUCUUGUUUUUUAUUCUAUUGAUCCUUGUCUAUGCAUUCAUCAUAUCAGGCAACCUAGUGAUCUUUGUUGCUGUCCAGCUGGACAUGGCUCUGCACACACCCAUGUAUUUCUUCAUCAGCGUGCUGUCUUUCCUGGAGAUCUGGUAUACCACGGCAACCAUUCCCAAGAUGCUUUCCAGCCUCAUCAGUGAGAAGACCAUCUCCCUAGGUGGCUGCCUUAUGCAGAUGUACUUCUUCCACUCCCUGGGUAUCACAGAAGGCUGUGUCCUGACAGCAAUGUCCAUUGAUAGGUACAUAGCCAUCUGCUAUCCUCUCCGUUAUCCAACCAUCAUGACUUCCAAACUUUGUCUCCAACUAACAGCUGGCUCCUGCUUCUGUGGCUUCCUUCUGGUACUCCCUGAGAUUGCAUGGAUCGCAACUUUGCCUUUCUGUGGCUCCAACAAGAUCCAUCAGAUCUUCUGUGAUUUCACCCCUGUGCUCAGUUUGGCCUGUACGGAUACAUCUUUGGUGGUCAUUGUGGACACCAUCCAUGCAGUAGAGAUCCUGGCCUCCUUCCUGGUAAUUGCCCUGUCCUAUAUCAGGAUCAUCAUGGUGAUUUUGGGGAUGCCAUCAGCAGAAGGCAGGCACAAGGCUUUCUCCACUUGUGCAGCCCACCUUGCUGUUUUCUUGCUGUUUUUUGGCAGCGUGGCUGUCAUGUAUUUGAGAUUCUCGGCUACAUAUUCAGUUUUCUGGGACACAGUAAUUGCCGUCACUUUUGUUAUUCUUGCCCCAUUCCUCAAUCCCAUUAUUUAUAGUCUAAGAAACAAGGAAAUGAAAGAUGCGAUUGGGAGGCUUUUUCAUCAGAAGAGAGACGCCCGGGCUCAGAAAUAG